AUGGCAAAGAUCACUUCCUUCGAGGACAAAAACUUUGAGGGCUGCCCCUAUGAAGUCACCACAGGUCAGCCAGACCUGUGUGCUCAUCUCAACUGCUGCAACUCUGUCAAGGUGGAAAACAGCUGCUAGAUGAUCAAUGAACAUCCCAGUUAUGUAGGCCAUCAGUACUUCCUGAGGAAGGGAGAAUAUCCUGACUAUCAGCAGUGGAUGGGCUUCAGUGACUCCAUCGGGUCGUAUUGUAUCAUCGCAGCACCUCAGAAGCACAGUUGGCUACAGAUCUAUGACAAGAAUGACUUUGGAGGCAGGAUGUUGGAGUUCAUGGAUGACUGCUCUUCUCUCCAGGAAGAUUUUCACUACAGCGACUUCCAGUUGUGUAAUGUCCUUGCAGGAAGCUGGAUUUUCUAUGAAAAGCCACACUUCCAUGGACAGCAAUACCUCCUGACUGGUGAGUACAGGCAACUCACUGAUUGGGGUUCCACGACUGCCAAAGUUGGAUCCUUCCAACCAACAGUGGAUAUUUCCUAG